AUGAUUGACCCAUUUGUUCUGGAAAUAGGGAAAUAUCUCAAGCUUGAAAAGUGUCCGGCUGGAAUUACGAAAUCAGCUAUUGGUUGGUAUGAAACCGCACGACUACAGAACCGCCUCAUUCACCAGUUUCAAGAUGCCGAUCAUAUCUCGGAGAACACGAUUACUGAUCUUGUCUCUGCAACUAUAGAGCUAUGUCGUCUUAUCAACAGUCUGAUAAACCAGCUCCACGAAGCGGGCAGCCUCGUUGAUAAGGCAUCUCAAAGUUCGGAUCGCGAACCAUUCAAUAGUAUGAAGAACGCAACGCCGCAGUCCAAUCCGGAUUAUUAUAAUGAUCGCAUGGAGGACAAUGUGGUUGCUUGGUGGAAUGACUUGACACUCGUUCUGCUCAGAUCCGAAGCGAUUAUCACAUUACAAAAACCCCUUCUCAGUCCUCCCGACCAUCAAAAUCCAUCUUCUCAAGCCUCAUGGCACAGUAUGGCGGAAUUAUGUCUCAAAUACCUUCAACUCUUUGCAAUUGCCCAGAAAGUUCCUACGUGGGAAGCGCGGGUCUGGUUUGAUUCAGCCUAUUAUUGCCCAGAGCAAUGUGCCCUCCUGAUACUGAUCUACCUCAAAAAUCGCUCGCAUUCUGAGAACAAGCAAGAGAUGGUGACGUGUCUGAAUGACUUCUUGACCCAUCGCUCUCAAACCCGCCCGCAGUGGACUGGACAAGACACAUUAUCCAUGAAAAACCUUGGUCACCUCUGGGAGCAGCUUGAUGCUUUUUCGGACGACCGGAGAAGCACUCAAUCUAAUGAUAAUUAUAGCACCACGCCUUACGCCAGACCAGGCUACGAUGCCAUUUCACGCGUUCUUGCAGGGCAGCAGGAAGAUAGAGCUGAAGAACUGCCAUCACAUGUGAAGUCGAAGGGAUACUCAUCUUUGGAAUCUGAUGAUACUAUAGAACGUAUCUUCCAGAGAUGGUUUCCAUAA